AUGUCAUUCUACCUCAAGCACAGGAACUUCAAGGUUAUGGCCUCUAUCUUCAAAAUUAGCACAGGAGACCGUCAUAGUAUCCGCUGGGAGGACUUUGUGCACACCAUGAGUGCGUUGGGAUUCCGAUACUCCACCAAUAAGGGCUCCCAACGAACCUUCAAGCCGCGUCGCUCGGAGCUCAAGCCCAACUUCAGGUGCCACGAGGAGCGGCAACUCGACGCAUACCGUCAAGACGUCAUUGCUCCGAAAUUGACCGCGCACUUCGGCUGGACGGCCAGUUCUUUCAAGUUGAAGCAGUGA